AUGAUAACAUUAGAUCAAUCUAGGUAUAGCAUAUGGCCAUAUAGAUUUUUCAAAAAACUGGGUAUUCCUGGACCUACUCCACUACCAUUCAUUGGAACUUUCAAUUAUAGAAAGGGCUUUUUUAAAUAUGACAUAGAGUGUUUCAAAAAAUAUGGGAGAGUGUGGGGGAUCUACGAUGGCAGAGCGCCAGUGUUGGCUGUAACAGACACUGCAAUAAUCAAAACUGUUCUAGUAAAGAGUGCUUCUCUUUUUACAAAUAGGCGGAAUUUUCAGAUUAACGGCCCUCUAAAUGAUGCAAUCACAGUUGCAGAAGAUGACCAAUGGAGAAGAAUUCGCGGUGUUCUUUCUCCAGCCUUCACCAGUGGACGACUGAAAGAGAUUUUUCCAAUUGUGAAACAUUAUGGUGAGAACUUGGUGAAGAAUGCAGAGAAAGCAUCAAAAGAGAGUAAACCUGUGUCAAUGAAAGACUUCUUUGGUGCGUAUAGUUUGGACGUUAUGGCCAGCUGCUCCUUUAGUGUGGACGUUGAUUCUGUCAACAACCCUGAUGAUCCAUUUGUGACCAAUAUAAAAAAGAUGCUUAAAUUCAGUUUCUUUAACCCAUUUCUUCUGCUUAUAAUCUUAUUUCCUGUUGUGAUUCCAUUACUGGCAAAACUGAACUUCACCUUCUUUCCCAAAUCAACCAUGGAAUUUUUCUAUGAAUCUCUUAAAAGAAUUAAAGCAGACAGAAAAAAAGGUGUCCAUAAUAAUCGUGUGGACUUUCUUCAACUUAUGGUUGAUUCUCAAAUGACAGAGACCAAGUCGACCGAACAGGAAGUACAAAAAGGUUUGACAGACCACGAGAUUUUGACACAGGCCUUUAUCUUCAUUGCUGGUGGAUAUGACACUACGGGCUCAGGCAUCGCUUUCUUGGCGUUGAACCUGGCUGCCCAUCCAGAGGUAAUGCGGAAGGUUCAGGAAGAAAUUGACCUGGUGCUUCCAAAUAAGGCUCCUGUGACAUAUGAUGCUCUGAUGGAAAUGGAGUACUUAGAAAUGGCUAUCAAUGAGUCCUUGAGACUGUACCCUCCAGGUGGACGAUUAGAGAGAGUCUGUAAGACCGUAGAGAUAAAUGGAGUGACCAUUCCUAAAGGAACAGUGGUUAUGAUACCAGCCUUUGCUCUACACAGUGAUCCAGAAUAUUGGCCUGAGCCAGACAAGUAUAAACCUGAAAGAUUUAGCAAAGAAAUGAAAGAAACAAUGGACCCCUAUGCAUUCCUGCCAUUUGGAGCAGGUCCUAGAAACUGCGAUGGAAUGAGAUUCGCUGUUCUUCUUGUGAAAAUGGCUGUGGUUCAACUGCUUCAAAAAUUUGACUUUGUUCUUCCAAAAGAGACACAGUACCCACCCGAGCUUAGUAUCCAAGGAUUACUGCAGCCAAAGACUCCACUUUUGCUCAAAUUUGAACCACGAGUUUCUAAGACAAAUGAAGAAGAAGAAUGCAUGAAGAGUCCUGGUGACGCCGAAGUUACAAAGUGAAUGGACGCUGUCAACCCCAGGGGCCAGCUUGGCCUAUCCGGGUAUUCCCCACAUUAGUGGAAAUUCCACAGACUAGUUUGACUAGAAGGACCAGCUUCUUAAAUCCAUACAAAUCACAUUCAAUGGCUCCCGCUUAAAUCAUAACGCUCACUGCUGCUGCUUUAACGUUGGGAUUUCUACACAGCUCUCUUAAUACUUCGCCCUCAUUAACAAACCUCAUAGCCUAAAUUGGCCCCUUUCUGUCAUCAGUCUUCAUUCACCUCCCUUUUGACUAAACAUUUCUCUUUCAAAUUGCUUCUUAAAUGUCCUCCAUUGCUGGCGAUGUCACAGACAUUCUGACCUUUAACAGUCUGCAUCAACUGUUGUGCCAUUACCUAAAACCCCUGAUCUGGGCCACAGCAGAACAUCCACCUACACUGUUUAUGCACCAAAGAUCCAGGCAGCAGGGCUCGUCUUCUAAAAGUGGUUGGGCCACCUGUACUGUCUGAUCGGCGCCUUUUAAACUGUACAGAGCAUACUGCCCUAGUGCUGUCUUUGUUUGCUUUUUAGUUGUAAAAAUGAACCCAGUCACGUAGCAUCAAGCAAGGGUACAAUAUUUCAGCCAUUUUGUUUUUUAUCAUUCUUUAGGCCACACUUAAAAAUGAACUGUUUUUAGAUUUAACAGACUUGCCUUUUCAGACGUCUGAUGCCCUUUUUUUAGAAUUCUGUCCUAAACAAUGUAACCAGCCUUAUAAAAGAAGACACAGUAGUCUAAUACACUCGAGUAUUUUAUUCAGCAUUUGACACAUUACAUUUAACCAAAUAACCACAGCACCUAGAAGUUUUACCCAACUUAGAUUUCUUAUAUUUCUGUUAUGUUGAUACUGCAGACUCAAAUAAACACUUUAUAAUGGA